GUGUGUGUGUGUGUGUGUGUGUGUGUGUGUGUGUGUGUGUGUGUGUGAGUGUGUGAUAGAGUGUACUGAAGCGUCAUUCUCCUCCUUUCUUCCUUUCAGUGAACGCGCAUCACUUGUGAGGAACGGCGCCUGAGAGACCCAGAAGUUUCUUGUUUCUCGGCUCGAUUUGCUCCGCUCUCCCGCGAAUUUCUUCCGUUCCUCCCGGUUUCAUUUGUAUCCUCAUCCUCACUUUCUUUUUUUCUGACUCGAGGAUUCAGCCGGGGUGUACUGCUAACACUGGGCGUAGCUGGAGAGGAUUUUGCUAGCUCGCCUCUGCACUGACUGAUCACACCUAGCUGUCUCCAGAAAGCCUGUAGACCUGUGGCCAUCCUGUGAGAUUUAAGUCAGCCCUGCCUUGCAGAGACGGACCACUACCACUCAAGGGGAGAUGAAGCCGGAUGGGGUUGCCACGGCAGCGCUGGAGCCAAUGGAAACAUUGGAAUCCAAUCCAGUAAAUGAGGCAGCACCAGCCGUAGGACAGGAGCCCAACCAGGCCGCCAGUCCGGUGGAGGUGAUGCCACAGCAACCUGCAGGAGAGACGGGCCAGGUGGAAGCCCAGCCAGACCAGGCCAAGGAAACUCCAGCUGCCAAGACCGGCAACAAGACUUCAGGAGACUCCAAAGCCAAGACUACCAACAAGGCCCCGGCCAAGACAAAACCCGGCACCACCGGCCCAACCAAGACCGCACCUGGGUCACGGCCCAACACAUCCCAGAGCCGCCUCUCAAAUGGCACGUCUAAGCCCCAGACCAAUGGAGUGGACUAAGAAGGCUGCACCUGCUGCAGUCAAAAAGACCGCCCCAACCCCAGCUCCCGCCAAAAAACCAAUAGCCCCGGCCCCAGCCAUGGCCUCCAAGAGCAAAGUGGGUGAGAAGAAAGCCACGGGGGCUGCUCCUGCCACCAAUGGCGCAAAGUCGAUGACCGGAACAACAGCAGCAAAGAAGACCACAGCCGCUACUGCUAACGGUGUCAAAACCAGCACCACUGCGGCUGCUGCUAAAAAGCCCCCAGCUCCCAAGACUGCCUCUGCAACUCCCACCAAGCCCCCUGUUUCCAAGACAACCAGGCCUACAGCUGGCCCGUCAGCAUCAUCUCGCCCUGCCACAGGCUCAACCCGGCCAUCCACUGCCAGCACAACCAAGAGCUCCCCAGCUACAGCCAAAACUGCCACCCCGAAAACCUCCUCCACCCCCUCCAAGCCUGCUGCAUCCAGACUAACCUCCACUACUCCCUCUGGUGGAAAACCUCCGGCAUCACAAACCCCCAGGAACAUAACCCCCGUGAAAAAAGAUGUUACCAAACCAGCCACACCAGCAUCCAAAAAGCCUGCAGAAUCCCCCCUUACCCGCCCUUCCUCCACAACAAAGUCAGCAAAACCUGAGACCCCCAAAUCAGCCUCCAAAUCAGACGUCACCGCCAAAAAACCUACUGCCAGUAAGGCCGCGGACACAAAGACACCUAUCCGCUCCAAAACAGACAGUAAGCCCACACCUUCCAAGGAUGCCUCCAAGACCCCUGGCUCCAGAACAGCUGGAGUCAAGAACUCCGCCCCCAAGAAAACUGUGGGCAGCAGCACUCCGACUCCAGUGAAACGAGGCCCCAAAGCUGCAUUUGAAGCAGAUCCUGGAAAGGAAAUUGCCGCUGCUGUAGCGGCCGCUGCUGCUGCCGCUGCAGCUAUCGCUACUGCGGCGGCUGUCAUUGCUGGGCCAGAGGAACCAGAACCAGCUGUGGCGCCAUCUGUUGCAGAUGCACCACAACUGAUCUCAAGCCAGACAGAAGCAGUACAAGAAAAAACUUCAGACCCCACACCAGAACCAGUCUCUUCACCAGUGUUAGAACUAACACCAGAACCUGUGCGGGAACUGACACCAGAACCUGUGCGGGAACUAACACCAGAACCUGUGCGGGAACUGACACCAGAACCUGUGCGGGAACUAACACCAGAACCUGUGCGGGAACUGACACCAGAACCUGUGCGGGAACUAACACCAGAACCUGUGCGGGAUCUGACACCGGAACCUGAACAAGAACCAAGUCCAGUCCAAGUACGGGAAACAUCUCCAGAGCCCCUCCCAGAACCAUUGUCAGACCCAGAUCUGGGAGCUGAACCAGUCCAUGAAGCAGCCUCCGUUGUUCAGCUAUCAGCUCAACUGGACCUCUUCAAAUUUGAGGAGUCGGCCAAAGACUCUUCCCUGGGAACUACUGUCAUGUCUCCUCCUUGUUCCCCACCAGGCCUCGUUUCUCCCACCAGAGAGCCACAGAACGCCUCUUCUCUGCUGGACAUGCAUGUCCAGUCUGAUCUCAUGGACAGGAACCAGGACCUGGCUCACUUUGCUCCCCAAAGCCUAGUCAAUUCAAUGGACUUCCACACAGAGGAGGAAAAGGAGAAUAAAGACCAGUUUGAGGCACAGAAGUCAAGGGAAGAGGAGGGGGAGGAGGAUGAAGAGGAGGAUGAAGAAGAAGAGAAAGAGAACCUGUUCAUGCCUACCUUCAAAGCUCCAUCAGCAGAGACCUUCAACAUGAUGGCACAACCUCACGUGUUGGGGGCCUCGCCCAUGGAUGAUUUCACCCCCAGGGACCUGCUCUCCCCUCAUGAAAAGGAGGAAGCGGUGGAAAAAGCUGAUGAGGAGAUAAAUGAGGAUGAUGAGGAGGAGGAGGAUGAAGAUGAGGAGCAGAGGAGACUUGGCCACCAGCCUUCAUCCCUGGUCACCGACAUGAGCACGUCUCAGCCCUCCGAGGAGUUCCAAGUGAGGUCCUCCGCCUUUGGUGGUUCUGUGGGGUGGCAAGGCGACGACCUGCUGUCCGGAAUGGACUCUGAGGACGUGAGCAGCUGCACCAGCAGUCGGCAGCAGGGCGUGUCCGACCUCAGCAGCACCCAGCACACUGCGCUACUGGAAGGCACCCAGAGCUCAGACGCCCUGGUCGACUCGAGCCUUCUCAUGGGUUCUCCCAACGUGGAAACUCUGGCUAACGAGGAGGAGGAAGACGAGGACGAAGAGGACGAGCGAGUGGACGAUAUGGACCUGAGUUCAGAGAGAGUCGAGGAGCAACACAAAGUGUUGCUGCAGCAAGAGCAAGAUGAGGACGAGGAUGAAGACGUGGAGAUGCACAGUGAAGGAGUGACAGAGAGCUGCGGGAAUGUAGAUGAAGAUGACUUUAACGAGGAAGAGCGCUUAGACAACCUAAAUCGCUCCGCUCCUCCGCCUUGCACGCCCCCUACCUCCUCCUGGGGCCAAACCAUCCCCUUCUGUGAUACCUGGGCUCAACCGACCUCACUGCUCUCCGUCUCCUCCCCCAGCCCUCUAUCUGACCGCGGUGCAGCUGAAUCUGAAACGCCCAUCCUGUCUCCUGCCCAUGCACACUUGGACAGCAGUGCCCCUUGCUUUGCUCCUCAGUCAGAGCAAGAGCCCGGGCAGCAUCUGUCAGCCCACGAGGAGGUGAAGAUCUCAGCAGAUGAGGAGGCUCAUGCCUUGUUUGCUGCCCCAGCUGGAGGCAUGUCCCAGCCCAGCACUGCUGCGGCUGCCCAUAGCAGUAGUGAGACAAGCACGCCAGAGGAACUCCGUGACUACGACAGCAGCUCUGGGGUGGAGUCCCGCUCUGACAAACAGCAGACCCCAGUGCCUGCUUCACACCAACCUGACAUGGAGCAGGACCUGGGAAUUCACUUAGAGAAAGGCGAUGGAGAAGAGGAGGAAGCUGAGACGCUCCCUGCCGAUGAAGUCCUAGGAACGGGACCCCCAACUGCUCCAGCAUCCGCCCCGUCCUCUCCCUCCACCUCAGGAGAUGAGGCCAGCGACACUGAGGGCGAGAUGCAAAUAAACGACCCAGACGCACCGCCGAUGAUGGACGAGAGUGCCGGAUUUGAAAGCCCCCCUCCCACCUGCAGUCUGCCCGCUCUUGAUGAGGACGAGGAGGUGGGGGGGACACCUGCCGGAGACGGCGAAGAGGACGGAGGCGGGACCACCCCUCAGUCAGCCAACUCUGUUGCGUCUUACGGCUUCGACUGCACCACAUCCAACUCCAACGCCCACUCCAUGGCUGAGAGCUGUGGGAAGAGCCCGGGAAUCUUCUCCCUGGAGAACGAGGAUCAGCUGCCAGAGGAGGCCAAGGACCCCUCCCUCAUCAAGGAGCUGACCCUGCCAUCAGCCGCUGCUGCCGCCCAGGCGGAGGACCUGCUCGGCAGACCCGUGGACCUGAUGCCCUUUGGCUACCGAGGAGACAACCAGCCGGGCAGUCUAGAUGAGCACCACUACAUGCUGGGGGGAAAGAUCGCAGCAGACCACCUGGAGGAGGUCGACCCGUUGGAGCCCAGUCACCACAUGGGGGACAUGGAAUCUGGAGACACCGGCGACCAGCCACCCUACUACUCUACCAUAUGUGAUAAGACUGAUAGUUUUCUGGCAGGUAAUGUAUAAGUCGCUCCUAUUACCCCCUGGAAUGCACCUUUUCCCCGCAACCCUCCCCGUUACCUGUUGUUUGUUUUCUCUCCAGUUGGGUUAGAAGGCUUAGAAAAAGAAAAAAAAAGAAGAGCAAGAUUGUAGGAAAAGAUUUUAAAAAAUGAACAAAGGAGAUGGAAAAAAAAAUGACUGUAGCAAUUUUUAAAUGAAGCCUCCCUCUUUCAUACUGUUAUGGUCAUGGUUAUGAGUGUACGGCGUAUACUCCUUUAUGUACAAUAGCUACUACCAUUUUCUAGUAGAAUGUUCUUUUUAAGUAACACUGCAUAUCCUGUAGCCCCUGAUGGGGUAUUGACUGAUUGGUCCACUGGGACUGAGCUUUUAAACCGAGGAAAAAAAAGAAAAAAAAACACAGACGGAAUGAAAUGGACUCAUUGUAUAUUUAUCCUACUGUUUUUACCGAACAAGUGUCAAGUUUUUUUGUAUUUGCUUAUUUGUUUUUUCUGUUGAAACCUGGUCCUCCCUACCCUGUGUACACACGCUUCAUGUUCAACAGCACCAUAGCGAUAGUCCCAUGCUCCUUUUAAAAAGUUUGUGUCUCAAGACUUUUAGCUAUCAAAAUAAAGGCUAGAUAUUAACACGGCAGAUUUGUUUGAGUUAGGUGUGGGAGUAUUAGAUUGCAGUUGGUGAAGUUUUUAAUGUGUGCUUCAAGAGGCUCUACGCUCUUUGCAUAGGUUGUUAAGGUAUAUAACGUGCAGUCACGUACAGUAUGUGUUUCAGGCAUUGGUUUAAGUGGCUAAGCUUCAAGCCUCAGUUAGCUGAUCAUUCGUGUUCCAGAAGAGACUAACAACUAGCCUUUUAUUUGUGAUGAGACCCUGCAUUGUCCUACAUUGCUAUCACAGUUGAGCUUUACACUCAUAGUGAGCGUUUGGUUUACUAUUUCAACAGUAUAUUGCAUGUUUAACUAACAUAAAGACUAUGUACUACCUUGAAUUUGAAACAAUUCUACACUAGACAUGUUCAUCAAUGAAUGGUUCACUAGGUUAUCUUUCAAAAUUCCAUUAAAACAUCAUUGCAAGGCA